AUGCGGUGUAGGAACAUGUUCUUCUCAUUUAAGGCAUCUCUUCGUGGCUGUGGGGCUGCCACCGGUCUAAGUUUGACAGCUAUAGGCUGUACUCUGAACUGCAAUUGCCCAAGUUUCAAACCAGGAAAAAUAAACCACCGGCAGUGUGAGCAAUGCAGACAUGGAUGGGUGGCCCAUGCUCUAAGUAAACUGAGGAUCCCCCCUGUGUAUCCAACAAGUCAGGUGGAGAUUGUCCAGUCCAAUGUGGUGUUUGAUAUUAGCAGUCUCAUGCUGUAUGGGACCCAAGCCAUCCCUGUUCGCCUGAAAAUCCUCCUGGACCGGCUCUUCAGUGUGCUGAAGCAAGAUGAGGUCCUCCAGAUCCUCCACGCCUUGGAUUGGACCCUUCAGGAUUACAUUCGUGGCUAUGUGCUACAGGAUGCAUCGGGGAAGGUUUUGGACCACUGGAGCAUCAUGACCAGCGAGGAGGAAGUGGCCACCUUGCAGCAGUUCCUCCGCUUUGGAGAGACCAAGUCCAUAGUGGAGCUCAUGGCAAUUCAGGAGAAGGAAGAGCAGACCACCAGCAUGCCACCUUCUACGGCCAGUGUGGACAUCAGGACUUUCAUUGAGAGCUGUAGCCACAGGAGCCCCGGCCUCUCCACUCCUGUGGACAAAGGAAGCCCCAGUAGUACCCACCCCUUCGAGAGCCUCAUCAACAACAUGGCAUUCAUGCUGCCUUUCCAGUUCUUCAACCCUGUGCCCCCUGUCUUGAUAGGCUCACUGCCCGAACAGUUUAUGCUGGAGCAGGGUCAGGACCCAAGUCAGGACCCCAAGCAGCAAAUCCACGACUCUUUACCCGACAGCAGCUUCUUGACUUCCAAUUCCACACCAUUUCACGUUGAAAAAGAGCCAUGUUUAAACUGCCCAGAGAGUGAUACUCAAAAGGAGGACAGUGCCCACUUAAGUGACUCCAGCUCAUACAACAUCGUCACUAAGCUCGAAAGGACUCAGUUGUCCCCUGAGGCCAAAUUGAAGCCGGAGAGGAACAGCCUGGGCACAAAGAAGGGCCGGGUGUUCUGCACUGCCUGUGAGAAGACCUUCUACGACAAAGGCACCCUCAAGAUCCACUACAAUGCCGUGCACCUGAAGAUCAAGCACAAGUGCACCAUUGAGGGCUGCAACAUGGUGUUUAGCUCCCUGAGGAGCCGCAACCGCCACAGCGCCAACCCCAACCCGCGGCUGCACAUGCCAAUGAACAGAAACAACAGGGACAAGGAUCUGCGCCACAGCCUGAACCUGGCCAGCGCGGAGACCUACAAACGCCCAGGUUUCUCCGGGACUUCCCCAGACUGCAGGCCUCUCCCUGGCUACCCUGGCUCCGGGGAGGACCCCAAAGGCCAGCUGACCUUCUCCUCGAGCCUCGGGCACAACGGUGUGCUGUUUCCCAACCUCAAGACGGUCCAGCCGGUCCUUCCUUUCUACCGCAGCCCGGCCACUCCAGCUGAGCUGGCCAACACACCUGGGAUGCUGCCUUCUCUUCCACUGUUGUCCUCUUCGAUUCCAGAACAGCUGGUUUCAAACGAAAUGCCCUUCGAGGCCCUUCCUAAGAAGAAAUCCCGCAAGUCCAGUAUGCCUAUCAAAAUCGAGAAGGAAGUUGUAGAGAUCGCCACCGAGAAGAGGCAUGCCCUCAGCUCAGAUGAAGACAUGCCCCUGCAGGUGGUCAGUGAGGGUGAGCCCGAGGCCUGCAGCCCUCGAUCAGACCAAGCACACGAGGAGCAGCGCCCACUGUCAGGAUACUUGGGGAAGCCUCUUCCCGAAGGAGAGGGACCCCACCAUUUCAAGUCAGUGAUAGAGUCCCGGGGAACCAUCUUCCGAACCCCCGAGCAAGCCAUGCACCACUCAGAGAAGGAGCCUGAACGGAAGGCAGUGUUGAGCUUGGUGCCGAGGGAGGUUGAGGACAGUGGCUGUGAACACCAUUUCCCCCCCGGGAUGGAGCCCCUCGGUCCCUUUCCUGACUACAUCAAACUGCAGCAGCACCUGCUCGCCGGGGGUCUCUUCAGUGCACUGUCCAACAGGGGAAUGGCAUUUCCUUGUUUCGAAGAUUCUAAAGAAACGGAUCAUGCGGGCCAGCACACACCGGCGAGGCCAAAGAAAGAAAGCCGCUUCCAAUGUGACAUCUGUAAGAAGACCUUCAAAAACGCUUGCAGUGCGAAAAUGCACCACAAGAAUAUGCACCACAAAGAAGCACACCUGUGCACGGUGGAGGGCUGCAGUGCCGCCUUCCCUUCCCGCAGGAGCAGAGACAGACACAGUUCCAACCUAAACCUCCACCAAAAAGUUUUGACCCAAGAAGCAUUGGAGAGCAGUGAAGACCAUUUCCACCCAGCUUACCUUCUGAAAGAUGUGGCUAAGGGGCCUUACCCGGAUGUGGCUUUCACACAGCAAGCCUCCCAGACAUCUGUCAUCUUCAAGGGGACAAGUCGGAUGGGCAGUCUGGUGUACCCAAUAACCCAAGUCCACAGUGCUGGCUUGGAGAGCUACAGCUCUGGCCCCCCAAGUGAGGGCACCGUUCUGGAUCUGAGCACUACCUCAAGCAUGAAGUCCGAGAGCAGCAGUCAUGCCUCGUGGGACUCGGACGGGGUGAGCGAGGAAGGCAGCAUGCUUAUGGAGGACAGCGAUGGGAACUGUGAAGGGCCAAGCCUGGUCCCCGGGGAAGAUGGCUACCCCAUCUGUGUCCUGAUGGAGAAAGCGGACCAGAGUCUAGCCAGCUUGCCUUCUGGGUUGCCCAUAACGUGUCACCUCUGCCAAAAGACAUACAGUAACAAAGGGACCUUCCGGGCCCACUACAAAACUGUACACCUCCGCCAGCUCCACAGAUGCAAAGUCCCAGGCUGCAACACCAUGUUUUCAUCUGUCCGUAGUCGAAACAGACACAGCCAGAAUCCCAACCUACACAAAAGCCUGGCCUCAUCUCCAAGUCAUCUCCAGUAA